GUUAUAUUUUCGCUUGCUUUUUGCACAGAUCGUUCUUGACUUCCCUCGAAACUAAAUAGAAAAUAAUAUAGAAUGAAAUAUUUAAUUUGCUUGGCAUUCUUGGCCUCAAUGGCUGUUACUACUGUUUUGGCUGUUGCCGGUCAAUCUGCUUGCCGUGAUCCCUCUGAAGUUGGUAAAACCUAUCCUCAUCACUGGGAUCCCACUAAGUAUUGGUAUUGUGAAAAAUUGAAUGAAGUUGCUUUGGAGGUGGAUUGUCCUAAAGGUCAGGCUUAUAUGCAUUUGAUGAAGGCCUGUAUUCCAUGGCCCAACUACAUUUGGAAGAAACCCGAAAAUCCUCCAACUCUUGCUUAAUUUGAUGAUAAAGUUUAAUUUAAAUAAAAUUUGAUUACAAAAGUUA